AUGAUGGCAAGCUUGACAACGACUAUCAUCAUGGCCUACAUGGCUACGACUGUUUAUGCUGAGCAACAGCCUGCUUCAGGCGGUGGCGGUACAGCUGCACCUACAACUGGUGGGGCGACUGCUCAAGCUACAAACACUCAAUACUUGAACAACCUGCAAGACGAAUAUACUCAUUUUAUGCUGGUUGCAAUGGCUGCAUCUGUCGCUCUCUACUUUGUUUGGAAAUCAGCACUCAGACUGACUUCACAUAUACGACGUUUACAUGGACUGGGAAGUGACAAACAACGCUACUUCACUCGUGAUGACUUCCGUAUGGCUUGGUUGAAGAGAAACAUUGUUGAUGCUCCACUAUUCCGUGUUCGUCACAACCGCGAGUUCCAGUUAUCUCGAGCGGUGAAUAUGGGGACUCUCCCUAGUCGAUUCCAAGCGAUAUGUCUAGCAGGACUAAUUGCUAUGAAUGUCAUUCUGUGUGUGCUACACAUUCCCUUCAGUGGAAAUAUCGAAUCCUACGGCAAACUUCUGAGGAAUCGUACAGGAACUCUCGCUACUGCUAACCUGAUUCCUCUAGUCAUCUUGGCUGGACGCAACAACCCCCUUAUCCCUCUGCUUGGUAUCUCUUUCGAUUCUUGGAACUUCUUCCACCGAUGGCUCGCUCGCAUCGUGGCCGUCGAGGGUCUUGCUCACUUCUUGAGCUGGAUGUUCACCAGUGCCGCACAAUCUGGGUGGGCCAAAAUCAUUGAAGAGUUUCAUACUUCUCAGUUGAUCAUGACUGGUUUGGUGGCCGUUGUCGGUUUUGUCGCACUUGUGCUCUUCGCUUCUUCCGCUUUACGACAUGCUUUCUAUGAAACCUUCCUUCACCUACACAUCUUGUUAGUCUUGAUGUCAUUAAUCGGUUUGUGGUACCAUUUAGACGGUCUGCCACAACAAGUCUAUCUUCUAGGCGCCUUGAUCUUGUGGGGUCUUGAGCGAUUCACACGCCUGGCUAUCAAUGUUUAUCGUAACUUUGUUGGCGGUAGAACUACGGCCAAGGCUGAAGCUCUUCCAGGCGAUGUUACAAGGAUCACGUUGAAAAUGGCUCSUCCAUGGACGUUCCGUCCAGGUCAACACGUCUACAUAUGCAUUCCUUCUGUUGGACUUUGGACGUAUCACCCAUUCAGCGUUGCAUGGAACGAAAAGGAAACCCUCCCGAUAGACGAAAAAGGCUUGGUCAUGACACAACAAGAUGUGAUGUCGGUGCAAAAGGAAACUGUUUCACUCCUUGUUCGUCGUCGAACUGGGUUCACUGACACGCUGUACAAGCGUGCUGCAAAGGGUGUGGAUAGUCACAUAUAUCUAUCUGCGUUCGUCGAAGGACCGUAUGGAGCUAUCCAUGAUCUAGACUCCUACGGUACAGUGUUAUUGUUUGCGGGUGGCAUCGGCAUCACCCAUCAUGUCCCAUUUGUCCGUCAUUUAGUGCAAGGACAUGCAGACGGUGUCGUUGCUGCUCGUCGGCUUACUCUGGUCUGGACGAUUCAAUCGCCCGAGCAUCUGGAAUGGGUACGUCCUUGGAUGACCAGCAUUCUCCAGAUGGACCGUCGCCGUGAUAUUCUCCGUAUCAUGCUAUUUAUCACUCGACCCCGCAGUACCAAGGAGAUUCGCAGCCCGAGUGCCACAGUUGAAAUGUUUCCCGGUCGACCCAACAUUCAGACCGUUCUGGACAAGGAAAUCGAGCAGCAGGUUGGAGCUAUGGGGGUUAUGGUCUGUGGUGGUGGUGCCAUGAGCGACGACGUCCGACGAGCAUGUCGUGAGAGACAAGCGAUCAGCAACAUCGACUUUAUUGAAGAAAGCUUUACCUGGUAA